AUGGCCACUCUGACCGAAUCCGAGGUUGAGAAGCUCUUCUCCGGAGCCCCGCAGUACUUUGCUAGGUCCGAGGGACACUACACUGGGGCUCCCCAUCCCUCGGUGGCGUUUCCAUGGGAUGAGGAGCUGGAGAUCAGGGAUCUUACCGACCACACGCAGAUCGAGGACAAGGCUUGGGGCUCGAUUACGGCAUGGCCUCACAUCACCCGCGAUGUCAACAGCGACCGCUCUGCCGCGCAGCGUGCUUCGGAAGCGAAGCGCCGGGCGCACUUUUACCCGCGAUGCCGCGAGAGGCCCAACAUGUUGAGCAUGUUUGGGCUUGAGAAAGGGAGCGUGGGUUAUCAGGCUGCCCUCGAGUUGGGCGUGGCCGAUGCCCUUCAGGAGGAACAAUGGGGUUUCGAGCGCCUCGCAGCCAGAGACCCCGCCAUCGUCAGGCAGCGCCAAACCAUGCUCACGUCAAGGGACGGCCUCCGACACGUUGACGAGACUCUGAUCAUGGAGCAGCUGAUCAAGAAUGGGCAGAGAUAUUGCGAGCCGCAUCCCCGCGAACCCCGACUGUCGGGUGAUCUUUACAACGAGUUGUUCACCCAGAUCCUGCAUCCGCCAACAGAGGUGCUAGAUCACCGAGACCCUUACAGCCUCUCCGUCCAGAUCAUGGCUCUAGUCAAAGUUCUCGCCACGCCAAACAUGUGGAUCGAUUUCUCCCAUGUGGAGUGGCGCAUCAGACUGGGCCAGCUUCUGUGGGAGAACCCGAAAGGGGACAAUGCCGAGGACGCGGCAUCUGUCCAGACGGGUGAUUCGGCGAGUGACAUUCACGAGGAGCGGUACUGGCUGCUUUUGCAGAUCCUCCUGGCCUGUGAACUGCUCGUCAGGCUGGAUGCUAUCACCGAGGGCGAGGAGCUUGGAGCGGGCAGUCUCCGGCCGGCGGAAAUCUACAAGUUCGAAAAGGAAGCCACGAAGUCGGUCAAAUGGUCGCUGAUCCUGGCACGGGUGUGGCUGGAGAACAUAGAAGUCGUUAAAACCGAAGCUAGCGCGCCGGCGGACGUCGAAGAGAAAUCUUCAGGCUGGCUGGCGACACUGACGAAGCGCAUGUUGCUCGCUCGCGAUCACGACUGGCAGAACCACCACAACCGCGUCCCGGUUUACGCGAUCAAGGGACAACACGCCCGCCGCCAAGUUAACGGUCUUGCGCAUUUUGCACGCCGAUUGCGUUGGCCUGGAGCUGAAACUUACUUGUCUCAGGUGACUGAGAACUGCCGCUCUGUAGUCGAAGGCACUCCUCUCAGUACGUUGCUUGCUCGAUCAAGCAGUCGCGCGGAUAGCCAUCAUCUCUUCCACUUUGGCCAUCAUCCGAAAGAGGAAACAAAGGAACACAGCCCUCCGUCUAGGCGGAAGAGCGUAUCGGUUGCGUUGAAUCCGUCAGGAUGGCUCUCCAAGAGCUAUGUUUCUGGGUUGAUGCUCCCUGGUGACGGACUUUGUCAUUUUCUGAUGGCAACCCUGCUAGAGAACGACCCAGAGGCGUUAUCGAGCUUGGGCCCCACGGCCAAUCUGUGCAGCGGGUUUGUGUAUUCUGGCAAGAGCUUCUGGAGCACAUCAUGCAUUGUCGGUCGUGUCCUUAGCGCCGGAAGGGGUGCUGUCGAAUGCAUGGGCUGGAUCUCCAGCGACGUCAUCCCACGAGGAUUUGGCAAUGGCUGGGUGAAAAUUGAUGCAGAAGAAACACCAGAGGAUGCGCUUCAAGUCAACAAAAAAGCCCGCCUUUGGGGUAAGAAGGCGGUUGAGCGGGAGUCCAACGUCCUCGGAGACACUGAUCCAUCAUCUGUCCUUCCCGCCGAUUUUCUUAUUCCCUCUGAGAACACCUACCCAGAGAAGGAGCCCCCUGCCCUCGACAUCGUUCUGAAAGCCUUGAAUCUCGGGGCACCAGUCAGUCCCGGCCACACCACUCCAGCACAUGGCAAUGAAACUACCCCAGAAUCGGAUGACAGCAAAGUUAGCUCACCUUCCGUCUUUGCCGCCUCGGUAACCUUUGCUGUGACAGACCUCGACUCGGAGGAGGUUCAUGAGUACACAUAUUCCCUGGCUAAGGACAUCAAUUUCGUGACAGCCCACCCGUGUGUGCCUUCGCAAUACGUUAGGCUCAUGAAGUCACCCUGCAGCCCAACAAUUCAGCAGGUUGAUAUAUCUGGCCAUGGUGCUUCCGGUAGAACAGCAAGUGUAGUCGGCCACCCGUUACACAAAUACUACACCUAUGUAGCACUCCACCUGUCUGAGCUACUCACCAAGAAGGAUUGUACCCUCGAGUCCCUACUGAGUAGCUACUCAUUAUCUCCACGACAGCGGCCUAUCAUGAGCCCCUCACUCUCGCAGAAAAACAGCCCGGCCGCCAAGGUGCUUGUCAUCGAUUGCAUUACGGGCUUCCGUCCGCAACCGCAGGAGCACGAAAUCCCCCUGUCGCCUGUCAUCAGCCGAACAGACAGCAACAAUUCUGGAAUGCUAACCUCGCCUACUUCGUCCAACGUCACCUUGGGAGGCAGCACAGACCAUGGUCAGGGUGAUGGCACGGGAACAGCAACGUUGGAGAGCGCGUCAAAGAAGAUGCACUCGGAAUCACGGCGACGGCAGUUUGGAUCUGAUAUGGAGAUUUUGGUGCGGGCGUUCUGUGCGGAAAAGGGUUGGAACGCGUUGAUUAGCCGGCGGCGGAGGGGAUGUCUGGCGUGUGCGAUCCGGGAGGCCGGGGCGCUAGGGUGGAAGGUUGUUAUUCGUGUUGAUUAG